UAUCAGUCGAGUGUUGAGGAAACGUGUGAACGAUGAACUAGAAAUUGAAAUACCAAUUGUAGACAUACAGUUUGAAGCGACAAUUCCGGAUUAUAUUUUUAUGGACAUUAUUUAAAGCACCCCAAUUUAUGCACCCCAAAUGACAAGUAGGGAAGAAGAGAGAAUUCGUCGUGAACGAAAACUUAUCUGCGAUUGGAACUUCGAAAAACAAGCCAUGACAUGGGCAAUAUGGUCUCUCUUCUUGUUAUACUCGGUCCAAUUCGCAAAUGCAUCCGGUGAUGUAAGAAUUACGGACGUGUCAGAAAAAGAUCGAGAUAUUUUGAAAAAAAGCAAUUUACCUGAAUGCAACUUCUCUGUGUCUAAUUCUUCAAUUGAGUACUUCCGGUCAAAGUUGAAAGUGUUCGAAUCAGAGUUCAUAAGAUUUCGAAUCUCCUUUAAAAAUUUGACAGUCGUGAAGAACACGUCACCCGGGGUAUUUCAGCCUGACCUAUGGGUGUGGACCGUUCGUUCUCCGCAUGGAAACUAUUCCUACCUCAGCUGGAACUUAGAGUAUGGAAUUCUGAGCUUUUCGCUUCUGGAAACUAAAGUAUACGUAAUACGGUAUGUUGACCUUGUGACGAAUCAAAGCGAAUGUUCAGUCCAAUUUGGGAGUGACGCAACAACAAGGAGUAUUUCAAAAGCUCUUAUGCAAAUCAUCGACAUGAUUAAAGAAGGGGUUCCUAAGUACGAAAGAAAUUACAUGUGUUACCUUUCCGAAGUGCCAGGUAUCAGAACUACCGUCUCCUACACAGCCGCGCUAUACUUAAGCUUUCCGGUCACAUUCAUUAAUUACAAGUGUUGUAUGUACGUGUACUCAUUUGCCAAAGGACGUUUUCGUCCGUUUAAUUGUAAUCGGUUUGUCGAGAAGUGGAAACUGCUUACGCAUGGUCCAUAUUUUCUUGGAGUAAUUAUUCUGUUGUUUUUUCCUAUUGUUCUGUUUGGCAUUGGUGCAUGCAUUUCUAAAGGCGAUCAAUUGCUUUCAAGAGAUAUUCAACUAGAGUCGCUUUUACCAAACGAAACACCCAAGCACGAUUAUUGGGUUUACCUUGAUGGAAACUCGCCUAUUACCGUCUUAAACGUUUUGUCACAGCCACUUGAUUGCUUAAGACGUAAUCAUCCAAUCUUAAAUUCACGUCUCCGACGUUUGAUUUGCGUAUGUUUUGCACCUAUGCUUAUAUAUUUACAGUUGUAUAUGUUCAAAGAUGGGUAUGUUCAUUCAUAUAAUGAACCCUUAACGACUAUUUCCGUCAGAGAUCUGGUUAAAAUUGGUAAACCUUUAGGGUUUCUUGCUCUGUAUGGCGAUAUGUCAGACAUGAGAAAAACAUUUGUGCCUAUUCUAGGUGGUCCAAUUGGUGUCAUCAUACUGUACUUUUCACUUGCCCUGGUUUUUAUAGUAUGUCCUAAAAGUUUAAAGGAAAUCGUACAUAAAGGCUUACCGCAACAAAGCGAUGUUUCACCCUUGUUUGACGGCCUUGGGGAGAUGCCGAGGUCGGGAGUGUGUUAUCGUGACCUGGACACAGGGUAUGAAAGAGCAUCAGAAAUAUGCAAGCAGAGAGUUUACUUUCUAUUUUCUCCUUCUCAAUGGAGAAAAGUCAUCAGAAUUCAAAGAAAACGAUUUGAAAUCGACUCAGUUCACACGAGUUUAAUGAGAACUAAAAUAAAUCCACUGAUGUUUUUAUUUAAACUAAUUUUAUGUACGAUUGAGGUUUUUAUUUACGUUCCAUAUUUCCUUUGUCCGUUUUUCUCGUUUUGCGCAAUACUUUUAAAAGGAACUGUUGUAAAAAUAAUGGAUACUAGAAAUUCAUUCAAACGAUUUGGGAAGAUAGUCAGUAGCCCUGUAGUUUGGUUAUUCGGUACAGUCUUAAUUUUAGGAGCCAUUGUUGUUUUUGGUUAUUGUGUCUGUCUAGUAUUUCUUGAAAGCUUUAUUUACCUGGCUCAGAUUGCUAUAUACUGUUUUGCUGCACUCAUACUGUUUCCUACCAUAGCAUUUGGCUAUCUAUUCUUCUUUGUGACCCUCGUAUACUACUUGGCGCAUCUAGUAAGAGAUUUUGGGGAUGGGUAUUCGCGACUGUUGGAGAUCGCUGUGAACAAAUCUAUUGAAUUAGAACAAGCUGUAAAUGUUGUGAUUGACAAAGAUAAAACUUUGCAGGUUAUGAAUGUCAAUCAACACUUCGAAACUGUACGAGUGAACGGAGAAGAAAUCGCUGUUCUUACCGAAACACAAAUUAAAAUCCAAUCACGAUUUCAACGUAAACAAAUGGUUAGGCACAAUAAAUUUGCUCCCGGAAUUCCACGGGAACUGUUCAACAACAUUGUUAAUGAAAAACGCCAAGUAUAUGCGGAGAUGGUUAACUUACUUAUCCACCUUACUGUUAUUAUGACUUUGAUAUCAGUUACAUUGACUUUAGUGUACACGUUCAACUCGGAGUUUAAUACAGAUGAAUCUGAGGUGCUACACAUUGUAUUCACUGUGAUUGUUGGAUUCAUACCCAAACUGGUAGAAAUGUUUCUUAAAGGAGGGAGUGACGCUGGAAGAAAGGAGAUCGAGGAAAAGGAGAUCGGCGAAAUCGUUGAAAAUUACUGGAAAAAUAGAGAUUGAACCUUGAGAAUAUUCUGUUUCAUGAAGAUCCAUACCCCGACUAUUUGAGUAGAUUUAAGGUUCUUAAUUUCAUUUAAACGAGCUACUGCGUGGCUGUGCUCACCUGAACGUAACGUUCUUUGAACAGGCGGGUUCUGAGAGUGUCAUUCUAUCAGUUUCUCUUUGCGCGCUUAGCAGGAUAGUAAAUUCUUGUUUAAAUUCACACCAAGUUUCUCUUCAUGUAUUGUUUCAUUUUUGUUGUUGUUGUUUUAUGAUGAUGCUCAGGACGAUUAUAUCCAUUCAUGCAUUCAUUAAUUCAUUUUUGUUUUAUGAUUUACUAUUAAUUUGUUAUGUGUUGUUAUGCUAUUAAAUAUGCUUGUUUAUCA